GCUGAGACGUCAUCUUGCUGCGCGAAGCCAGCGGUUGUUGACAGGCCGUGGAGGCGGCUGGCAGGAAGGUGUGGUGUUUUCUACCAUGCCUGAGUGGGCGAGCUGCCCUGGGCUGAGGCCUCUGGGCUGGGGUUGAAAGAAGCUGAUCAGAUGCAGAGUCUGGAGGGCUCGGGGGCCGGGCGGUCAGUCGGGACGCAGACUGGCAGCAUGACGGGUCAAAUACCAAGGCUUUCUAAAGUCAACCUUUUCACUCUGCUCAGUCUCUGGAUGGAGCUCUUCCCAGGAGUAGAAGCCCAAGGGCAAAAGUCUCAGAAAAAUGAAGAGGAAAACCGUGGCCCCCUAGGAGAUAAUGAAGAGUUGGCCAGAGUAUCUGCUGACAAAAAACAGGUGAAGAAAACUGGUCUUGUGGUGGUGAAAAACAUGAAAAUCAUUGGUCUUCACUGCUCUAGUGAAGACUUACAUACUGGGCAAAUUGCUCUUAUCAAACAUGGGUCCAGGCUGAAAAACUGUGACCUUUAUUUUUCAAGAAAACCGUGUUCUGCUUGUUUGAAAAUGAUUGUGAACGCUGGAGUUAACCGAAUUUCUUACUGGCCUUCUGACCCAGAAAUAAGUUUGCUCACCGAGGCUUCUAGCUCUGAAGAUGCAAAGCUAGAUGCCAAAGCAGCAGAAAGGUUGAAGUCAAACAGCCGGGCCCAUGUGUGUGUCUUACUCCAGCCGUUGGUGUGUUACAUGGUGCAGUUUGUAGAGGAAACCUCUUACAAGUGUGACUUUAUCCAAAAGACUGCAAAAGCACUGCAAGGUGCUGACACUGAUUUCUAUUCUGAGUGUAGACAAGAAAGAAUAAAAGAAUUUGAAAUGUUAUUUUUGAUUUCAAAUGAAGACAUGCAUAAGCAGAUACUGAUGACUAUAGGUCUGGAGAACCUGUGUGAAAACCCCUAUUUUAGCAAUCUCAGGCAAAACAUGAAAGACCUGAUUCUACUUUUGGCCACAGUAGCUUCCAGUGUGCCAAGCUUGAAACACUUCGGAUUCUACUGUAGCAACCCAGAACAGAUUAAUGACAGUCACAACCAAAGCUUGCCGCAGGAAGUUGCAAGGCACUGCAUGGUGCAGGCCAGGCUAUUGGCAUACCGAACUGAGGAUCAUAAAACGGGAGUUGGAGCUGUCAUUUGGGCAGAAGGGAAAGCUAGAAGCUGUGAUGGAACUGGUGCUAUGUACUUCAUAGGAUGUGGCUACAAUGCCUUUCCUGUCGGCUCAGAGUAUGCUGAUUUCCCCCACAUGGAUGACAAGCACAAGGACAGAGAAAUACGGAAGUUCAGAUACAUCAUACAUGCCGAGCAGAAUGCUUUGACAUUUAGAUUCAGAGCACAUCUGUUACAUUUAUGAAAUACUGGCUCAUCAUGUUUAUUAUUGCUGGGAUGAAACAUCAUGACCAAAAUCCAUCGAUCACUGAAAGGAGUCAGGGCAAGAAUAGGGCAGUAUCCUGGAGGCAGGAGCUGGUGCAGGGGCCAUGGUGGAUUCCUGGGAGGAAUGCUGCUUACUGGCUUGCUCCCUAUGGCUUAUUCACUCUGUUUUCCUAUAGAACCCAGAUCCACCAGCCCAGAGGUGAGACAAGUGUGAUCAUGGUGGGUUGGGAUGGGGUAAUGGUGAACUCUGAGUUUAGACUGCCUAGGAGGCAGUUGUGGGGGCUGGGACAUGUAUUCAUAGAGCAACACUGCACAGACCCCUUAGUUUCUGCUGUCCUCAGCCGGGUAAGCAGGAAUGAAACUCAGCAAGAUAGAUCUAGAAGGUGCAUAAUUGAAGACAGUUGGCCGAGGGGGGUAUCCACCAGACCUGGAGGUACAGUCCCUGCAGCCACACGAGAGCCUCUAGUCCGAGCUUCCGCAGCAUGCUAAGAAUAUCCUCAGCUCUCCUUCCAUCCUCCUCAGUGCAGGGUUCCUUGCUGUAUUCUGGACGAAGGUUUGACACAUCAUAUCCAAAACAUUUGUAAAAAGUUAUGGUUGGAGAAGGUUAAGAGAACUGUAGCUCAAAACUGGGCAUUACCACUUACUCAUUAAGGAAGCAUCUCUCAGUGUAUGUCCAGGUAGAGCUCAGUCUUUAGCUGCUGUGGUGGCUUAAGGAGAAGCAAUUAGUUACUCAGCUCUUGGGGAACCGAACCCCAUUCUCCAGGAUCAUGACGAAGUGCAUGUGCAGAGAGGACCUCCCAUGUAUGUGCACUCAUUUCUCCCUCCCCCAUCCUCUGUUCUCACUUCCUUUUUAAUAUGAUGUCCAAUGUACCGAUAUGUUACCGUACAAUCAAUGAAUUUCAGUUAUAAUGAUUGUCAUAUUUUUGCAUAUUUUGAACAUUUGCUAAUUUAGCAAGCACAAGACUUGAUCAUUAUUUGUAAUAUCACAAAUUUGUGUUGCAAAAUCUCAAAUUUAAAGUUUAAGGAUUUCUCUACAAACGUGCUUGCUCUUUCCUAACAGCUUUGUAAUUUUAUAGGUGUCAAGAUAUAAAGCCAGAAGAACGCAGCAUGAUUUUUGUGA